AUGAUUGCAUGGUUCUGUGACCUGCACGCAGGGCUGGAGGGGCGGCUCCGAGCAGGCAUUCCCGGUGCGCGGGAGCCGCUCCGGGCGGGCAUUCCCGGUGCGCGGGAGCCGCUCCGGGCGGGCGUUCCCGGUGUGCGGGAGCCGCUCCGGGCGGGCGUUCCCGGUGUGCGGGGCCGCUCCGGGCGGGCGUUCCCGGUGUGCGGGGCCGCUCCGGGCGGGCUGGCGCGGGCCGAGCCGUGGCGCUUCGGAGAGGAGGAGGCGGGCAGCGAGCCGCGGGCGCUGCCCUGGUUCGCCUGGCUGCGGGUGCCCGCGCUGGACGCGCCCGAGGGCGGCUGGGCGUUGCGGGCCAGCGCCGGCUGCCUGCGCAAGGGGCAGGCGCUGCUGGCCUGCGGGUCCCCCUUCGGCGACCUGUGCCCUGAGCUCUUCCUCAACACGCUGAGCCGCGGCGUGGUCAGCAACCUGGCGGGCGAGGAGAACGCCCUGGUGCUCACCGACGCCCGCUGCCUGCCCGGCACCGAGGGCGGCGCCGCCUUCGUGCCCUCGCCCGGCGGGCCGCGCGUGGUGGCCGUGAUCGCCGCCUCCUUCUGCUGGAAGGGCGCCGAGUGGGUCGGGCUGACGCUGCUCUGCUCGCUGGCCGCCAUCCUGCGCAGCAGCGCCGCCGUCCUGGGCGAAGCCGGGAUCGCGGUGCCGCCGGUGCCGGCGUGGGUGGCCGCGGUGCCGGCGAGCAGCGGGCGGGACCCGCUGGGCUGGACGGCGCUGGUGGAGUGCGGGACCACCUGGGGCUCCGGGGUGCUGCUGGCACCGAGGAUGCUCCUCACCUGCCGGCACGUCGUGCAGGCCGGAGCCCCGCUCCGUGUGACAGCGGCGGCCGGCCCCGGCCAGGAUGCCGCCGUGCUCGGCGGACGCGUGGUGUUUGCCACCGAGGAGUCGUCCCCCUUCGACGUGGCCGUGGUGGAGCUGGAGGAGAGCGUGCCAGGCUUUGUCCCGCCGUGCCUGGCCAGCACCUUCCUCCCAGGAGAAGAGGUGAGCGUGGUGGGCUUCGGGGCGCUGGGGCCGGCGUGCGGCCCCUCGGUGACAGCGGGCAUCCUCUCGGCCGUGGUGGCGGUGGCCGGGCGCCCCGUCAUGCUGCAGACCACCUGCGCCGUGCACGGCGGCUCCAGCGGCGGGCCCCUCGUCUCCUCCCGCAGUGGCUCCCUCAUGGGCAUCGUGGCCAGCAACACGCGGGACACCACUGCGGGGGCCACCUACCCCCACCUCAACUUCUGCAUCCCCAUCACCGUCCUGCAGCCCCUCGUGGCGCGCUACCGCCGCACCGGCGACCCCGCUGCCUUCGCCGGGCUCAACCGGGAGGGUGAGGGGGUGAGGGCGACUUGGCAGCUGCACCAGCGGCCAGGACCCCCCAGCAAGCUCUGAGCCCCUCGCGGGGUGUCCUGUGCAGGGACCGAGGUGCCAGGGACCGAGGUGCCAGGGGUGGGGCUGCCCCCUCCCCUCUUUGGCUCAGGGGUUCAGGGCCCAAGUGCCUGCAGUCCACAGGGCACCCUGGGGCAGGGGAUAUGGCACGGUGCCUUUGACAGCUGCUGACAACCCCAAAAUGGGGAGGUUUGGGGUCUGUAUUACUGUUGUAUUUUCUCCCUGGGGCCAUAAAUGCUGUGAGUUGAG